AUGGCGAACUAUCAUCCCAGCCUUGUCAUCAAAGGCCAAAUGGCCGAGUUGAACGACCUCAUGAAGGAUAUCGUGGCCCUCGAUACCGAGAUAACCACCGCGGCUCCUCAUAAACGGCUUAUAUUGUGCCUGGAGAUGAUGAAAAAGACCUCCCAGAUCGAGGCUCUCAAGGAAAAUAUUCAGUGCAAGAUUGAGGCAUUGGACAUCCACCGCAAAAGUUCCCUGGCGAGCCAUGCGAGCCAGCUUCACGAAAUCACGAAUGUCAGAGGCUGUACAGUUGACGCGACUAAUGUCAAGAACACCAAGGUAGCCACUACCGGCACCGCACUCAAAGUUCCCGAGCACGGAGAUGAAGAAUCUGUAGGCUAG